AUGUUUGCAGUUUUGUUUGACAUCUUCUCUCUGUCCAGGAGGACCUCUCUCUACUCCUCUUCUUCUCUCCCCCCUCGCCCUUCUGUUCUUCCUCCUCCUCCUCCUUCUCCUCCUGCUACUAAGUCUAAGUCUAAGUCUUGCUCUGCUCCUAAGCUCCCUAAACCUUACUCUGCUCCUGCUGUUCCUCGCUUGGUCCCUGUGUCUUGGCUCCGCACUGUUCACCCUGGCAGGAUCCUCUCUCGUCCUCCUCCCUCUGCUUAUUCUACUCCUUCUCAGCGCUCCUCUCGCUCUCCUCCUCGUCCUCCUCCUUGCUCUGCUCCUUCUCCUCCUUGCUCUGCCCCUCCUCCUCCCAAGCGUCUUCAGCUCACCUCUCUGAUUGACUCUUGGUUCGCUCCUCUUCCGUGCGUUCGUAAAGUUCCCAGACGCACUCCUACUUCUAAGUCUGCUCCUCCUGCUAAGGCUAACUCUGUCCCUAUUGUCCCGCAGUCCGAGCCCACCCCUGCCAUCCCUGGACCUUCCUCGCACCGGGCGGUGUCUGAGACGGCCCAGCACAAGCGCAAAAGGUCAUGUGAGCCGGACGCCAAACAUCCACCCAAAAAGCCAGUAAGGGCAGGCUCCUUUUGUGGCACCGGCACCUGCCACAGCUGA